AUGGUGCUUCGCUUGGUGCUUUUGGGAGCUUGGGCCAUCACGGCCCGAGGCCAGCAGUGCGACUGCAGCCCAUGCCAAGAAUACCCCGAGGAGGAUUUCAGUCCCGAUCCCUGCUUCGACAAGUGCAUCGUCACGGGAGACCCUCACGUGGAGCACAGCUGGCGUCCGGGAUUUGAGAACGGAUUCGACUUCCAGCCUCAAGGCAUUUGGCGCUUGGCCAAGACGGACACCUGUGGCGGCACAGUGGAAGUUCAGGCCUUCUUCUGCCACUACUUCUUCACCAAACUCAGCAGUGCCAUUGCAUACGCGAUCACCAUCAACGGCGGCGACAAGUACAUCAUCAAACGGGUCGGGGAUGAGUUCCAGGUAGGCAGUCCCGACGUGCGGGGCUUCAACGUCAGCUUCGAAGGUGACCCAGUGUCCGGGCGACUCCUCGUCAGCGACGACAAAUGCGUGCGCAUCAAGAUGAACACCGUGCCCCUUUAUGACCGUCGGACGAGGUUCCUGGACAAUCCCUACCUCAACAACAUCUUCAUGAACAUCUGGGAGUGCGCAACAACGCAGGAAGGCAUUUGCGGUGCUCAGAAGCUGUCGAAGGAAUGGAUCGACCCCGAGAGUGACGAGAAUCUUUUCAAGACCCCCGACCAGCAGGAUCUGUGGAAAGACCUUUGCGAGUUCUGCCAGGAGGGAGGCCAAGCCACCACGCCACCGGGCUGCCCGGCACCGCCAGGUGGCGAGGAACCCGGCGAGCCUGGCUGCGAGUUCCUCAGGCCCUAUGGCAGCAUAUGGGACAAGGAGUGCGUGCCUCAGCCAGGCGAUUCGGCCAACAACGACCUCCUGAAAGAACUUCAAGAUGGUGGCGAGAACUGCGUGGCCUUCGCUCGCUUGAACAACGGCCCGAAGUUCCCGGGAAGAAGCUGCAGAGACUGGUGCCAGGAUCGCGGUGCGGAGUGCGUGACAGUCCGGGACGACAUUGCCACCGGGAAGUUCCCGACCGAGGACAACAGCAACGCCUGCCAACUAACUGAGGCUGACCACCCCAACAACUUCAUCGGAGGGGACCCAGAGCAACCCAAGACCUGUGAUACGGUCAGCAGGGACACGCAUUGCGUGUGUAAGAAGCCCGACAACCCUGCGCCGGGAGAGUCGGUGGAGAAGACCUGCUUGGAAGCCCGGGACGAAGCCGGAUUUAAUUUCUCGCACCUGGAUGCGGCAGACCUUUGCCGAAGGGAGGCUAUGUGGUUCCAGCGUGUGACCUACCCACGGAACACCGAACAGACCACCUUCGAGCAACGUCUUCUGCUGUACUGCGCCCAGGACGUCUGUGCCACGGACCCAGAAGAUAGGCCAGAGGUGGCCCGAAUCUAUCAGGAUCGGGACCCCGACCUGAACGACAAGCCCGGCGUGUGCAACGGCCCCCUGCUGUGCAACGUCGUUUGCUCCAGCCAGCUCAUCGAGAGUUGGGGCGAGUGUCUGAACCGCUGUGAAGCCCACCGAUCGAAGCUGAUCCAUGCGGUUACGCGCUACUGCAAGGCCGGUAUUUGCACUGCGUAUCUGGAAGAGACGGAAACAAUAGGCCUUCUCCAGCAUCGCCGAUCCAACCGCUCAGAGAUCAUGAGCUCUCGCAGGUCUUGGGGAUCUCGCAGGAGCUCGCGUCGAAGCUGGAGCCGUCGCCGCAAAGGUGACGACGAUGACGGCAGUGGCAGCACUCGUCGCCGCAAAGGUGACGACGAUGACGGCAGUGGCAGCACUCGUCGCCGCAAAGGUGACGACGAUGACGGCAGUGGCCGCACUCGUCGCCGCAAAGGUGACGACGAUGACGGCAGUGGCAGCACGCGUCGCCGCAAAGGUGACGACGAUGACGGCAGUGGCAACCGCAGGCGCAAAGGUGACGACGAUGAUGGAAGCACGCGUCGCCGCAAGCGCGACGACGAUAUCGGUGACGAUGAUGUGCCGGACGAUGGGUGUGUGGACAAGCAAUUCAUGUGCAACAUGCUUUGCGCUGGGAUGAAACUGGAGGGUCGAGAGCUUUCGUGGUGCAAGCACAGAUGCACAUCGAAGUUUACCAGCCAGAUCAAGCCGGGAUUGGACCACUACUGCAAGGAGUGCAAGAACUACUGCGAGCACCCUCCGGCGACAACCACCACCACAACGACAACAACAACCACUGCAGUCAACAACGAGUGCAAGCACACCAAGGUGUACUUCACGACCUCCACGACCACCCAUCCUCCCUACCCCAAAGACGACGACGAUAAGGAUGACAGCCGUCGCCGCAAAGACGACAGCCGUCGCCGCAAGGGUGAUGACGACGAUGGAAGUGGAACUCGCCGACGCCGGCGCCGCAAGGGUGAUGACGACGAUGGAAGUGGAACUCGCCGCCGCAAGGGCGACGAUGAUGGUAGCCGGCGCCGCAAGGGUGAUGACGAUGGUAGUGGGCGUCGCCGCAAGGGCGACGAUGAUGGCAGCCGUCGCCGCAAGGGUGAUGACGACGAUGGAAGUGGAACCCGCCGCCGCAAGGGCGACGAUGAUGGCAGCCGGCGCCGCAAGGGUGAUGACGAUGGUAGUGGGCGUCGCCGCAAGGGCGACGAUGAUGGCAGCCGGCGCCGCAAGUACAGCCACCAUCGGCGUCAUUACAAGGACGGGGAUGACUGA